AUGCUCCCCCUUGCAGAUAGAGCACCGUCCGCCUUGAUGAUGGACAUGACUCCAGAGGCAUCCUUGGCAAAGCUGGAAUUGCUGGAGACUUUCGUGUUCUCACAGACGUCAUCUCAGUGGCCAGCGAGACUUGAAAGCUUCGCUGAAGAGCGGACUUCUUUCCCCAACCUGGUACCAGCGCCUUCUCCCAAAUCUGGCCACGAGGAGAACUUUGAGAAAGCAUCUCGAGCUUCAUUAAAAUGCGCAUCUGCAAGUCAUCGCGGAAAGAGCCCUUCUCGUUGGCGGCAGCAGCUGCAGGGGUUAGUUGCUUCCGGUGCCUCCGGCACUGUUCAAGAGUUUCACGAAUAUUUGUGUACAUUGAGAAGUACCGCUGACGGCGAAUUUGCAAGCCUUUGCGCAGCAAUCUUGAGCGUGCAAACCCGGGACCGCUUGGCGAUUAGCGCUACGCGACGAUUAACUUCGCGUCUUGGCUGCGAAGAAGGCCUAAGUCCAGCUGCCCUUGUGCUCGCACCAGUUGACGUGCUUACGCAGUGCCUUCAAGAUGUCAACUUCUACAAAAGCAAAGUGCUCAGACUGCGGGAGACUGCAGCUACUCUUCUCAGCCAGCAUUCUGGGAGGGUUCCUGCAAGCUUCGAAGCUCUGGUAGCACUCCCAGGCAUCGGGCCAAAGAUCGCAAAUCUGGUCUUGGCAGUGACGUUCCAGCAGCCGGACUGUGGUAUGAUAGUUGACACUCAUGUGCAUCGCGUCGCUCGACGGCUUGGGUGGUCCACAUUUACUGCCCCACGGCAGACACAGCAAUGCUUAGAGGAUUUCAUUUCUGCUGAGAAGCGUGAGAUUGUUGCGCGACAGAUGAUAGGCUUUGGGCAGGAGAUUUGCAAGCCUCGUCCCAUGUGCAACAAGUGCCCUUUGGCACAAGACUUGUGCCCAUCGGCUCUAUCCUUCUUGUCAGGUCCGGUGGCAAGGCCAAAGCUGUGGAAACUUCGUCCAAGAAAGCGAACUAUCAUUGAGCUAGGGCCAUAA